AUGUGUGUUGAUUAUAGGGCAUUGAACAAACUGACUGUGAAGAACAAGUAUCUGAUGCCACUGAUUCAAGAUCUGCUGGAUAGGUUAUCUAAGGCUAGUUUCUUUUCUAAGAUAGAUUUGAGGUCUGGCUAUUGGCAAUUGUGUAUUGCUAAGGGGGAUUCCCCAAAGACCACUUGUGUUACUAGAUAUAGUAGAUAUGAAUUCCUUGUAAUGCCAUUUGGGCUGACUAAUGCCCCAGCUACUUUUUGCAACUUAAUGAACAAUGCUUGGUCAGAAUCAAGAGAGAAGGCUUUCAAUUCGUUAAAGAAGGUCGUUGCAUCAGAACUAAUAUUACGGUUUCCUGACUUUGAUCUUCCAUUUGAGGUACACACUAACACAUCUGAUUAUGGUUUUGGCGGUGUGCUGAAACUGAGUUCUAAGCAGGCUAGAUUACAGGAGAUAUUGGCUGAAUAUGACUUCGUGUGGGUACAUAAACCAGGCAAGCAAAAACAAGUGGCUGAUGCACUAAGUCGCAAAGAGAUAAUGCCUCCAAAAUGUACGGCUAGCCAUAGGAAUGUUGAUAAUGCCGAGAUGACCCAAUCAGAGGGACGCCCAUCGAGGGCUAGAGUCCGACCAGCGAGGUUGUCUAUAGGUAGCACUGCCCGUGUAGAGGAAGGAAGGAGGGAAUUGGCAAAGGAGGUAUAUAGGUUAGCUCAAUUGGGAGUUCAUCUUAAAGAGAACAAUGAAGGUGGAGUUAUUGUUCAAGAUGGGUAUAAAUCCUCACUUGUGGCAGAGACUUGUGACUCUUCAACAAUGGUUUUGCCUUUUGACAGUGAUCAGUGA